AUGUCUGCUGUUCAGGACACCAUUUCCGCCAACGGCAAUGAGCUUGCCGGCUCCCUUGACCACCUCAAGGUCGAUGAUGGCGAGCCCAGACUCGGUCCCGACGGAGAGCCCGCUCCCCGGACUGAGGAGGAGUAUGCUGUUUCUCAGCUCACUCUUCGCGCCAUUGUCUCUUCAAAGGAGGCUGGCGUGAUCAUUGGCAAGGCCGGCAAGAAUGUUGCUGAUCUCCGCGACGAGACCGGUGUCAAGGCUGGCGUCUCCAAGGUUGUCCAGGGCGUUCAUGACCGUGUCCUCACCAUCACUGGCGAGAUCCAGGCCAUUUCUAAGGCCUAUGCUAUUGUCGCGCAAGCUCUUCUCGAGGGCGCUCCUGCUAUGGGCAUGGGAGGCGUUGUCCAGAACAACGGCACUCACCCCAUUAAGCUUCUUAUCUCUCACAACCAAAUGGGCACCAUCAUUGGCCGCCAAGGUCUGAAGAUCAAGCACAUCCAGGAUGUCUCUGGCGUUCGUAUGGUUGCUCAGAAGGAGAUGCUUCCCCAGUCUACUGAGCGAAUCGUCGAGGUCCAGGGCACUCCCGAUGGUAUCAAGGCUGCUAUCUGGGAGAUUUGCAAGUGUCUCGUCGAUGACUGGCAGCGUGGUACUGGCACUGUACUGUACAACCCUGUCGUCCGCACCCAGCCUGGUUCCACCAGUACCCUGGGUGGCAGCGGCAGCUACUCCUCUGCUGGCGGCCGCUCUUCCGAGUAUAGCAGCCCCCGUGUCAUGCGUACUGGCAACGGUGCCGACUUCAGCAACGGUGGUGCCACUCGACCCUACGGUCGUCGCUCUGAUUCAGAUGCUGCCUCCCGUGGCCCUCCCACCCACGACGAGAAUGGAGAGGAGAUUCAGACCCAGAACAUCUCCAUCCCCGCUGAUAUGGUUGGCUGCAUCAUUGGCCGUGCUGGCAGCAAGAUCAGCGAGAUCCGCAAGACUUCUGGUGCCCGUAUCUCCAUUGCCAAGGCCCCUCAUGAUGAGAGCGGCGAGCGCAUGUUCACUAUCAUGGGUACCGCUAAGGCUAAUGAGUCGGCUCUCUUCCUCUUGUACGAGAACCUUGAGGCGGAGAAGAUGCGCCGCUCCCAGGCCCCGUCCUCUGAGUAA